CCCGGGCAUCAGCCUGCUGCCUUCAGCCUAAGCCUUCUCACCAACCAUGGUGGGUCCCUCCAUCUCCCAUUGCCUCAUCAGAGAUGCCCAGGGCAUAAUCCUCUUACAGGCCCAUGAUUUAUAGCAUGCCUUGAUCUUUAGAUUCUAAGGCAGAUGCGUUAUGGUCUUCUGAUUGUGGGGACAUGAACAGAUUUGCUUAAAGGGGCUGCGUCGGGCUGACAGAAGGUGGUCAGGAGGAGGGCAGCAGGCUGCUCAGAAAAUGAAGGCGCUUCUGCUGCUGGUCCUGCCCUGGCUCAGUCCUGCUAACUACAUUGAAAAUGUGGGCAACCUGCACUUCCUAUACUCGGAACUCUGUAAAGGAGCCUCUCACUAUGGCCUGACCAAGGACAGGAAGAGGCGCUCACAAGAUGCCUGCCCCGAUGGCUGUGCCAGCCUUACAGCAAUGACACUCUCCCCUGAGCUUUCUGCAGCUGCCACCAUCUCCUUAAUGACUGACGAGCCUGGCCUGGACAACCCUGCCUACAUGUCCACAGUGGAGGAUGCUCAGUCAGCAAACAGCUCCUCGGACUCUGGCCGGAGCAACCGAACUAGAGCACGACCCUUUGAGCGAUCCACUAUCAGAAGCCGAUCUUUCAAAAAGAUUAACCGAGCUUUGAGUGUUCUUCGAAGGACGAAGAGUGGGAGUGCCGUUGCCAACCAUGCUGAGCAGGGCGGGGAAAACUCUGAAAAUACCACUGCUCCUGAAGUCUUUCCAAGGUUAUAUCACCUGAUUCCAGAUGGUGAAAUUACAAGCAUCAAAAUCAAUCGAGUGGAUCCCAAUGAAAGUCUCUCCAUUAGGCUUGUGGGAGGCAGUGAAACCCCACUGGUCCACAUCAUCAUCCAACAUGUUUAUCGUGAUGGAGUGAUUGCUAGAGAUGGCCGGCUGCUGCCAGGGGACAUUAUUCUCAAGGUCAAUGGGAUGGACAUCAGCAACGUCCCUCACAACUAUGCUCUGCACCUCCUGCGCCAGCCCUGCCAGGUGCUGCGCCUCACUGUGCUGCGGGAACAGAAGUUCCGGAGCAGGAACAAUGGACAGGCACUGGACUCCUAUGGACCCCGGGAUGACAGCUUCCACGUGAUUCUUAACAAAAGCAGCCCUGAGGAGCAGCUUGGCAUAAAGCUAGUGCGCAGGGUGGACGAACCUGGGGUGUUCAUCUUCAAUGUGCUCAAUGGCGGUGUGGCUGACAGACAUGGCCAGCUGGAGGAGAAUGAUCGCGUGUUGGCCAUCAAUGGACAUGACCUUCGAUACGGCAGUCCAGAAACCGCAGCUCAACUGAUUCAGGCUAGUGAAAGGCGUGUUCACCUCAUCGUAUCCCGUCAGGUUCGACAGCACAGCCCAGACAUCUUUCAGGAAGCUGGCUGGAUCAGCAGCAGCAGCAGCCGGUCCCCAGUCCCAGGGGAGAGGAGUACAGCUUCCAAGCCCCUCCAUCCUGCAACCACUUGUCAUGAGAAGGUGGUAAGUAUCAGAAAAGACCCCAGCGAAUCUCUUGGCAUGACCGUUGGAGGGGGAGCGUCACACAGGGACUGGGACUUGCCUAUCUAUGUCAUCAGUGUCGAGCCUGGAGGAGUCAUAAACAGAGAUGGAAGAAUAAAAACAGGUGACAUUUUAUUGAAUGUGAAUGGGAUUGAGCUCACAGAGGUCAGCAGGACUGAGGCAGUUGCCAUACUGAAGAGUACAUCGUCUUUGGUGGUACUCAAAGCCUUGGAAGUUAAGGAACAGGAGCCCCAGGAAGACCCCAGCAGCCCGGCAGCCCUGGACUCCAACCACAAUGUGACUCCACCCUGUGACUGGUCCCCAUCCUGGGUUAUGUGGCUGGAAUUACCACGGUACUUAUGCAACUGUAAAGAUGUCAUAUUACGAAGAAACACAGCUGGAAGUCUGGGCUUCUGCAUUGUAGGAGGCUAUGAAGAAUACAAUGGCAACAAACCUUUUUUUAUCAAAUCCAUUGUUGAAGGAACACCAGCAUACAAUGAUGGAAGAAUCAGAUGUGGCGACAUUCUUCUUGCUGUCAAUGGCAGAAGUACAUCAGGCAUGGUACACGCUUGCUUGGCAAGGAUGCUGAAAGAACUUAAAGGAAGAAUUACUCUUACUAUUGUUUCUUGGCCUGGUACUUUUUUAUAAAAUCAAUGAUGGAUGUUGGAACACAGAAAAAUCACCGAUAGGCUAUGUGAAAUAAUAGAUUUAUCCUGUCAAUUUUUAUAUUUAAAAAAUAGAUUAUUUAAAAAAUCAGGAAAAGUAUGAUCUAGUGAGAACAAGUUACACCUCAGCGAGUAUUCUUAAAAAUUACUGAUAGUGCCGGGCAUGGUGGCGCACACCUUUAGUCCCAGCACUUGGGAGGCAGAGGCAGGCAGAUCUCUGUGAGU